AUGGUCGAUAGGAUCCUCGCCACUUUCCUUGCGGCAGACGGACUCUUUGUCCUUGGCGGCGCCCUCAUUCUCGCUGUUGCGCUCAUCAGCAAAUCCCAACUGGGUGCCGAAGCAACAUUGGAUAAUGUCGCGCACAUCUUGCUGCUGUCGCACUGCCCUAUAACCCCGGCGAUCGUCAAUGCUGGCUUCAUAUUUUUCACCUUCAUCCUCUCAUUACCUGCGAUAAUACUGGGGACGGACAGACUGUGGCUCAAAAUCCAUGGCUGGUUCGUCGUUACAAGCGGUAUCUUCACCCUUUGUCUAGGGCUUAGCAUUUGGUUUGAAACGCUGAAGACGCGGUCGAAAUUGGGGAUAAUGUGGAAGGAACAGCCUGCAGCGGUACAGAGUUUACUGCAGCAAAGGUUCGACUGCUGCGGCUAUCUAAACAGUACUUCUCCGCCAUUCCAAAUCGAUCAAACAUGUCCGAACCCCCUUGUCGCUGCGCAGAAAGAAGGUUGCGUAGGGCCUUUCUCCGAUUACGCAAAUCACUUCCUGGACGUUAUUUUUACGGCAGACUUUGGUGUUGUCGCCAUUGAUGCUAUUCUCCUCCUCUGCAUCGCGAUUGUCCUCAAAGACCGCAAAGACCGCGAACGGUACCGCCAGAUAGAUUUAAAGAAUGGGUUCGAAAGUAUAUAA